AUGCCCCCCAAGAAAGGCAUUGUGAAAUCUGGCAAUGCAGGUAAUUCCUCAAAGUCGUCCUCAUCACAGGCCAAUACUCCGAAUUCAGAGAAAGAAACAUCCCUGUUUCCGCCAGGUUCCAAGUUUCCGUUGAGUUUGCUUAAUGAAAGGUGUCAAAAGAAUGGAUGGGACAAACCUAAAGUUGUUACUGUAAGCACCAUGAUAUUUCUUCGACUUCUUAUACAGAAACAUCGGGAUGGCGGCUUCUCUUUUGCGGUCACUUUGAGUAGGGUCAAUAAGAAAACUUCACAGACGGACAGUGUCUACUUGGAGCCUCAUCCGCCAUAUGUCAGACCUACCGAGCUAGAGGCGCGCCAUUGGGGCGCGACUUACGCAUUAUAUCGAUUUUGUAACAAUAUUCAGCUCAAUCGUGUGCUUCCCCCAGCUCCUCGUGAUUACUGGAAUGAACUAGCAGCAGAGCAUAAGGCUGCUCCUGAACACCAGCAGUGGAUGUACGAUACAGACCCUUUCGCAGCUCGUAAACAAGUAGAUGAACGUCAAGCAAAGGCAGUUCAGAAACGGGAGGCAGGUGCUUCGAGCGGCUUACAAAAUGCUGCAGGGCCAAAUGAAUUUAGUCGCGCACCAGAAGUCAAAAUGGCGAGCAGCCUUCGCGAUCUUGUGGAAGAUGCUGUUAAAAGGGCUACUUCCUUUUCGACUGGUGAUGAGACACUACCCAUACUUGCAGACGACGAAGUUUCCCAGAUUAGCAAGCAGCUUACUACUCUUGGGUUCAAGCCGGCACAAAUAAAAAAUGCUGUAAAUUAUCUUUGUCGCCCCUCAUCACUUGGUGCCAACCUUCUAAGCAACUUGACACAUCUCGAAGCUUGCAUCGAGUAUCUUGUUCUUCAUGUACCGGAAUGUGAUCUUCCCGAACGUUUCUUACCCAGCAAUAAUUCGUCCAAUCCUUUUGUAACUUCCCUUCACUCCAGUGGAGAUGACCUCAAGAGACGUUGGAUGGAGAAUCAGGUCAUCAAAGAGGCCGGUUGGCCAAGUCAUGCCGUUCGGGAAUGCACCCAACAUAAUCCUUUGGUACAAAACGUCGAACUACUGGUCACCAUGCUGGAUCGAAAACUCAUCGGAGACCGUGCUACUUAUACUAUUCCUCAAAUAGAUGUAUUAGAUAAAUUACGAGAAAAUCCUGAAGAACUCGAGGCUCUAGGAGCCCAUUACCUGGACUCGUCUCAUAUCGUCAUGCCUCUUUUCAGCGCACCGAUUCAGUUACACAUUCUACUUCCUCAGGAUCCUUCACAUUCGCUAAAUGGAUACCCUCCGGUAUACAUGACAUCGACAUCAGUUUCGCCCUACGUUCGGCUGCAUCUGCUUGCGGAACUACUCGGAGCAAUGAAUGAAGAGCCUUUCUUAGAACCUGGAGAGGGGUUUUUGAUGGCGGCCAUGCGCGUACUCGAAGAGACAUGGGCCAAUGUCGAGACUAAUGGUCCUCCGGAGAUGUCAGAAGUACUGAAACAUCUAGUUCCCACACCAUCAAUCAUGGAUAAGCCUCCCCUCGUGGAGUCAACAAAACAGAUACGCGCACAUCACUCUUCGUCACAUCAGGAUAGCAGGAGAUCAGUUCGAGGUCGAGAUGGUCGCACUGAUUCACAAAUCAGAACAGACUUUGAGGCGUUAUGCAAAAGUCCCAAAUAUUCUGAACUUUUCGUAGCUAGGCAGCGACUCCCUGCAUUUGCAGUGAAAGAUCGAUUCUUAACCGAGUUGCAGAAAAGUCGUGUUAUGGUUGUGGUUGGUGACACAGGUUGUGGAAAAACAACGCAAUUGCCUCAGUUUAUUCUAGAUUCUCUCAUAAUGUCUAAUCGGGGAUCCAAGGCUUCUAUCAUUGUCACACAGCCUCGCAGACUCGCUGCUAUUUCCGUUGCAACCCGUGUUUCCGCCGAAAGGCUUGAUGAUGGUUGUGUCGGGUAUGCAACUCGAGGGGAAAGCAAACAAAGCAAGAAGACAAAGCUCCUGUUUUGUACUACCGGUGUAACCCUACGACGUCUCAGUUCGGGAGACAAACUGGAAGACGUCACCCAUGUUAUCGUAGAUGAGGUACAUGAACGAUCGGUAGAUGGCGAUUUUCUGCUGCUCGAGCUUAAGGAGCUUCUAUUAACGCAUCCAAGUUUAAAAGUUAUACUCAUGUCUGCAACUAUAAAUCACGAGGCUUUCGUAAAGUAUUUUAACAAUGCUCCUAUGUUGACCAUCCCAGGAUUUGCACAUCCAGUUACAGACCUAUAUCUAGAGGAUUAUAUCCCAUUGCUUCCUUAUCGUCCUCGUACUUCCAAGGGAUACAAACAGGACAGUAAAGAUACAGAAACAUUGUCCAAUCUCAAGACUCGAGGUCUUGGUGAUCAGGAUAUCAGCACUAUUCGAAGCAUAACUCAUGCAGAUCGUAUUGAUUACGAGUUAAUUGCCUCGCUUAUUAAUCAUAUUAUGUCCAGUGCAAAAGUUAAGGGAGGAAUCUUGGUAUUCUUAUCCGGGGUGCAGGAAAUCCGACAAUGUAUAGAAGCCGUCCGCAAGUCGGUGAAUAAUGGAGAGGCCGAUGUUUUCCCUCUCCAUGCUAACUUAUCUAAUGAUGAACAACGGGCAGUAUUUAAGCCCACAUCUAAAUGGAAGGUCAUUGCUGCAACUAAUGUUGCUGAGGCUUCCAUUACAAUUGAUGACGUAGUUUAUGUCAUUGACUCUGGAAAAGCCAAAGAAACCAUGUACGAUGCUGAGAGUAGUUUGUGGAAGCUAGAAGAGAUAUGGAUUAGCCGUGCUGCAGCCAAACAGCGUAGAGGUCGAGCGGGAAGAACGCAACCAGGAAAGUAUUACGCACUUUACACGAAGAAACAGCAGGAAAAAAUGGCGUCCUAUCAGGUGCCAGAGAUUCUCCGAGUGCCACUAGAAACGAUAUCUCUGAAAGUGAAGGUCACGAGGGAAAACGAAGAUAUCAAGUUUUUCCUGAGUCGCGCCAUCGAUCCUCCUCCAGUUGCCGCAAUGGAAAAGGCAUGGUCUGUUUUGAAGGAACUUGGCGCGGUGGAUGAAGCAGACCGACUUACUGCACUAGGAAGACAUAUUUCAGUGCUUCCCAUGGAUUUGCGCCUUGCAAAGAUGCUUAUUCUUGGAACAAUAUUUCAAUGUCUUGAUCCUAUUCUCACUGUGGUUGCCGCCCUUUCCUCGAAGUCUCUGUUUUUUAGUCCAAUGGACGAUCGAGAACAAGCUGAAAAAGCAAAGUUAAAAUUUAAUACACAUAACAGUGACUUUAUUACAGAUGUCAACGCAUAUAACGAGUGCAUGCGCCUUAGAUCUGAGGGUAAAUCGCAAAACUCUAUGAAGUUAUUCUGUGAAGAAAAUUAUAUAUCACCCACCACAAUACGUGAGAUAUCCACCCUCCGGCUUGAUUUCUUCUCUAGUCUCUGCGAUCUUGGUUUCGUACCGCUGUCGUCCAAUGCCAAAUCUCCCGAUCUCAACAGUAAUAGCACCAAUACAAAUGUCAUAAAGGCUAUAAUUCUGGGCGGGCUGUGGCCACGAGUUGCUCGCGUAGAGCUUCCCAAAUCCGCGAUCAAAUUCGACAAAGUACAAGCUGGCACUGUACAGCGGGAAAAUACAGCAAAAGAAUACAGGGUAUACGACUCUCGCGAUGGACGUGUAUUUUUGCACCCGAGUUCCGUGCUAUUUGGUACGACGGCAUGGAAAUCACCCUUCAUAGCGUACUUCCAAAAACAACGGACAAGCAAGGUGUUCUUGAGGGGUGCUUCGGAAGUUCCCGUGUAUGCUCUUCUCCUUUUUGGUGGCGCUUUUUCUGUGGAUCAUAUCAAGGGCGGCCUCAGUGUCAAUAGUGACGGAAGUCGUAUCAAUCUCAAGGCCUGGCCUCGGAUCGGCAUCUUAGUAAAUCAGCUCAGACGGCUACUAGACGCGAAAUUACAGCAAUGCAUCGACCAAGGCACGGUGUUGAGAGUCGGACAAGAUGAUGACGUGAUGAAAGCUAUGAUCGCUCUCCUCACAGGAGAUGGCCUUGGAUGA